UAAAUGUUUUUGGGUAUAUCUCUGUUCACGUGAUCAUUUUUUUGCAAUUUUUUUUUUGGUGCCUGCUGGGAUGAGCUUUUCUGAAAAAAAAAAGUAUCAAAAUCUGAAAUGGAUCUUGAAAAGGUCUUCCUGAUAGCCAAAGCCAAAGUCAUUACAACAGUCAGUCAUGGAUAUUUCUAAGCCAGUGGGUUCUGAGAUUGUCUCUGUUGAUUUUGGUGUUUUGUCAGAUGCUGAAAUUAGAAGAUUAUCAGCUAAGCAAAUCACCAAUCCAACAGUGUUUGAUAACUUAGGACAUCCAAUCAAUUCAGGUUUGUACGAUUUAGCAUUAGGAGCUUUUCUUAGAAAUGUGUGUACAACUUGUGGAUUAGAUGAAAAGUUCUGUCCUGGACAUUUGGGUCACAUUGAAUUGCCAGUCCCUGUUUAUAAUCCAUUAUUUUUCAGUCAAUUAUACAUCUUUUUAAGAGCAUCAUGUCUCUAUUGUCAUAAGUUUAAAUUGAAUGCUGUCGAAGUCCACAGAUUUAAAUGUAAAUUACGUUUGAUUCAAUAUGGUUUAUUAUUAGAAUGUAUUGAGUUGGACAACAUGUUAGCUGAAGGAGCUCAAGAUGCUGAUGAAGAUGAUGACGAAGAUGAUAAUUCAAAUAAUGCUUUAGAUCAUAGUGCUAAGAAAGAGUUAAUUGAACGUCGUGAACUUUUCGUUAAUACAUCCAUUGCUAAGGCUUUAAGUGAAGGAAGAACCAGCGAACAAGGUAUUGUUACUGCUACUGUUGCCGAAGAAAGAAAAAUAACUAUUCAAGAAUUCUAUAAAAGAUUAUUAAGUAGACCAAGAUGCGAUAACUGUGGUAUGUAUUCACCAGGUUUCAGAAAGGAUGGAUUUGCUAAGGUUUUCGAAAAUUCUUUAACAGAUAAACAAAUCACCAAUAAUAGAGUUAAAGGUUUACAACGUCCAGAUAUGGUUAAAAAUGGUGGAUCAACCAAAUCUACUUCAUCAAGUGAAAAUAUGCCAAAUAUUAAACAUAAAGGUGGAUCAAAAUACGUUUUAUCAACUGAAAUCAGAAAUGUAUUAAGAUCUGUCUUCGAAGCUGAACAACCUAUAAUUCAAACUGUAUUCCAUUCCAGACCUUAUCAACAUGAUAUUGUUAGUGGUGAUAUUUUCUUCAGACAAUCAUUGUUAGUUCCUCCAACUAGAUUUAGAUUACCAUCUAAAUUAGGUGAUGAAAUUCAUGAAAAUUCUCAAAAUGAAUUAUUAUCCAAUAUUUUAAGAACUUCAUUAUUGAUCAGAGAUUUAAAUGAUCAAAUUUCAACUAUUAAUCUUGAAAAGGGUAAAUUAACUGUUGAAGAAAGAAAAAUAAUAUUUAAUAGAUUAAUGAAUUCAUUCGUCACUAUACAAAAUGACGUUAAUGCAUUUAUUGAUUCAACCAAGAAUCAAAAUGCCCCAGCUGGUAAACUUCCAACUCCAGGUAUUAAACAAGCCUUAGAAAAGAAAGAAGGUUUAUUUAGAAAACAUAUGAUGGGUAAGAGAGUCAAUUAUGCUGCUCGUUCAGUUAUUUCUCCAGAUCCAAUGUUGGAAACCAAUGAAAUUGGGGUUCCACCAGUGUUUGCCGUUAAAUUAACUUAUCCUGAACCAGUUACCGCUUAUAAUGCAUCUGAAUUAAGAAAAGCUGUUAUAAAUGGUCCUGAUAAGUGGCCAGGUGCAGUUCAAGUUCAAAAUGAAGAUGGUUCGUUAGUUUCAUUAAUUGGUAUGACUUUAGAACAACGUAAAGCUCUUGCUAAUCAAUUAUUAACUCCUUCAAAUGGUGCCACUGUUCUUAAUAAAAAAGUUUAUAGACAUAUUAAAAAUAAAGAUGUGGUUAUUAUGAAUCGUCAACCAACCUUACAUAAAGCUUCUAUGAUGGGUCAUAAAGUCAGAGUCUUACCAGGUGAGAAAACUUUAAGAUUACAUUAUGCCAAUACUGGUGCUUAUAAUGCUGAUUUUGAUGGUGAUGAAAUGAAUAUGCAUUUUCCUCAAAAUGAAAAUGCUAAAGCUGAAGCUUUAAAUUUAGCUAACACGGAUUCCCAAUAUAUUACUCCAACAUCUGGUUCACCAUUAAGAGGGUUAAUUCAAGAUCAUAUUUCUGCUGGGGUUUGGUUAACCAGUAAAGAUGCUUAUUUUAAUCGUGAAACUUAUCAACAAUUAAUUUAUGGAUGUAUUAGACCUGAAGAUGGUCAUACUACUAAAAAUAGAAUUAUAACUGUUCCACCAGCUAUUUUUAAACCAGAACAAUUAUGGACUGGUAAACAAAUCAUUACUACUAUUUUGUUAAAUAUUAAACCAGAAGAUGUUCCAGGUAUUAAUUUAAUUUCCAAAAAUAAAGUUAAAAAUGAAUAUUGGAAUGAAGGAUCAACUGAAAAUGAUGUUAUAUUCAAGAAUGGGGAAUUAUUAUGUGGUAUUUUAGAUAAAUCUCAAUAUGGUGCCACUCAAUUUGGUAUAGUUCAUUCUUUACAUGAAGUUUAUGGACCAUCUGUUGCCGGUAAAGCUUUAAGUAUUUUAGGUAGAUUAUUUACCAAUUAUAUUAUGAUGACUGCUUUUACUUGUGGUAUGGAUGAUUUAAGAUUAACUGAUGAAGGUAAUGCCUGGAGAAAUGAUAUUUUGAAACAAUCUGUUGAUAUUGGUAGAGUUGCAGCUACUGAAGUUACUAAUUUAGAUUCAGAAACUACUUCAAAUAGUGAUAAAGAAUUAUUAAGAAGAUUAGAAGAAAUUUUAAGAGAUGAUAAUAAAUUAGGUAUAUUAGAUGCUGUUACUCAAUCUAAAGUUAAUACCAUUACAUCUCAAGUUGUUUCUAAAUGUGUUCCAGAUGGUACUAUGAAAAGAUUUCCUUAUAAUUCUAUGCAAGCUAUGGCUUUAUCAGGGGCUAAAGGUUCUAAUGUUAAUGUGUCCCAAAUUAUGUGUCUUUUAGGGCAACAAGCUUUAGAAGGUAGAAGAGUACCAGUUAUGGUCUCUGGUAAAACCUUACCAUCAUUUAAACCAUUUGAAACUGAUGCUAGAGCUGGUGGAUAUAUUAAACAACGUUUCUACUCUGGUAUUAGACCUCAAGAAUAUUAUUUCCAUUGUAUGGCUGGUCGUGAAGGGUUAAUUGAUACUGCUGUUAAGACUUCUAGAUCUGGUUAUUUACAACGUUGUUUAACCAAACAAUUGGAAGGUGUUCAUGUUAGUUAUGAUAAUUCAGUUAGAGAUGGUGAUGGUAAAUUAAUUCAAUUUUUAUAUGGUGGAGAUGCUAUUGAUACCACUAAACAAUCCCAUAUGAAUCAAUUUGAAUUUUGUGCUGAGAAUUAUGAUGCUUUAUUAUCGAAAUAUAAUCCAGGUGAUUUAACUCAUCAUUUAGAUACAGAAACUGCUUUACAUUAUGCUAAGAAAGCUCGUAAGAAUUCAAAGAAACAAGGUAAAUUACCUCAUUAUGAACAAAAUCUUAAAUAUGAUCCAGUAUUAAAUGUUUUCAAUCCAAGUAAAUAUUUAGGAUCAGUAUCUGAAAAAUUCCAAGAAAAAUUAGAUAAAUUCGUUACUGAAAAACCAGAAGUAUUUGCUAAAUCCAAGGAUGAAGCUAAAUCAACGGGUAAGAUUACUGAAAAGAAAUUCAGAGCUUUAAUGCAAUUGAAAUAUAUGAGAUCAUUAGUUAAUCCUGGUGAAGCUGUGGGUAUUAUUGCAUCUCAAUCGAUUGGGGAACCAUCAACUCAAAUGACAUUAAAUACUUUCCAUUUCGCUGGUCAUGGUGCUGCUAAUGUGACAUUAGGUAUACCCCGUAUGAGAGAAAUCAUUAUGACUGCUUCAUCAAAUAUUAAAACUCCACAAAUGACCUUACCUAUUUUAGAUGAUGUUACUGAUAAACAAGCUGAUGCUUUCUGUAAAUCUGUGGCUAGAGUGGUAUUAUCGGAAUUUAUUGAUAAGAUUAUUGUUACUGAAACCACAUCAACUUCAUCUGAUGGAUUAAAUACUAGAUCUUAUGGUAUUAAUUUAAGAUUUUAUUCAAAGGAAGAAUAUGAACAUGAAUAUGAUGUUUCCCAAGAACAUUUAGAAAACAUUAUAACUGAACAAUUCUUACAUGAAUUAGAAUCACAAAUUGUUAAAGAAGUUAAGAAACAAAAGAAACCAGAUUCAUUACCAAAUAUUGGUAAAUCAGCUGGUAAGACUGAUUUUGAAAGUAUAUCAGCCAAGAAUGCUGAUGCCUUAGAAGAAGAUGAUGGUGAAAAGACUAGUGAAAAACAAGCAGUUUCAUAUGAUGGACCAGAUGAUGAUGAAAUUGAAACCAUGAGAAAAGCUGAAGAAACCAGUGAUGAAGAAAUGGCCGAUGAUGAUGAUGAUAGUGAUUCUGACGACUCUGAAGAUUCUGAAGAGUCGGAAGAUGAAGAAGAAGAAAAGAAAGAUACUCCUAAACAAUUAUCUAAAUUAGCUAAAGAUCGUCAAGCUGAUGUUAUUACUUCACAUAAUAUGAUUACUAAAUUUGAUUUUGAUGAUGAAAAUGGUGAAUGGUGUGAAUUUAAAUUAGAAUUAAAUGGUAAUGAAACUCAAAAAUUAUUAAUGGUUAAUAUUAUUGAAGAAUUAUGUCGUAAAUUUGUGGUUCGUGAAAUUCCAAAGAUUGGAAGAUGUAUUCAUCCACCAGUUGGUGCUGAUAAUAAGAGAGUAUUAACUACUGAAGGGGUUAAUUUCCAAGCUAUGUGGGAACAAGAUGAUUUCAUUAAUGUUAAUAAUAUUACUUCGAAUGAUAUUGCUGCUGUUUUAAAAACUUAUGGGGUUGAAGCUGCUAGAAAUACUAUUGUUAAUGAAAUUUAUCGUGUGUUCGAUACUUAUGGUAUUAGUGUUUCAAGUCGUCAUUUAGAUUUAUUAGGUGAUAUGAUGACAAGAGAAGGUAGUUAUUUAGCUUUCAAUAGACAAGGGAUUGAUUCAUCAACAUCAUCAUUUAUGAAGAUGUCUUAUGAAACCACCUGUCAAUUUUUAACUAAAGCGGUAUUGGAUAAUGAAAGAGAAGAAUUAGAUUCUCCAUCAGCUAGAAUUGUGGUUGGUAAAUUAUCAAAGGUUGGUACUGGAUCAUUUGAUCUUUUUGCUCGUAUGCCACAAGUGUAAAUUAAUAAAAUAGUUGUAUAGAAAAAGUUACAUUAAAAUAAAAAUUAU